AUGGGAGACCAGCUAAGCACAGAACUAGACCACGAGAAUCACCUCCUCCUCGACCAGCCCCUUCUGCGGCUGCCCUUCGAGCUCCUCCGGAAGACCCUCCGCUCCGCUCGAUUCGAGAUCGAGAAGGAUGGCGCCCUCAUCACCAACACGCUCAAGGAGACGGCAACGAGCAGCGUCAACGGCCGCAGCUCGAAGGAGGAUGUGCUCAAGAGCCUCGACACCAUGAUCGCGCGCAUGCGCGGCACCAAGCGCAAGCUGAUCGCCUUUGCCGACGAGGAGGACCGCCUGCACCAACAAGAAGAAGCGCGAGUGCAACACCUGGCCGAUCUCUACGCCAUGUACAGCGUCGACGACGUCAAGUACGAGGGCUGGAGCCGGACGCGGCUCGACCGGCUGCUGGUCGACUACCUCCUGCGGCAGGGCUACAACGACAGCGCGAGGGCCCUGGCCGAGGAGAGGGGGAUAGAGCGCUUGGUCGACGUCGAGACGUUUGAGCAGAUGAGCCGGAUCCGCAAGUCUUUGCUCAACGGCAGCGUCGCCGAGGCUCUGGCAUGGUGCACAGCCGGAGAAACCAAGAAGGAGUUACGAAAGAUGGAUAGCAACCUGGAAUUCAUGCUCCGUUACCAGCAGUAUAUCGAGAUCGUAAGGAACCGGUCGCAAACAAAACCCAACGAAGCACUCGCCCACGCGCGGAGAUACCUCUUCCCCUACCGCGACGCCUACCCGAGAGAGGUUUUACAAGCCUGCGGCAUGCUGGCCAUUCCGCCGGGCACCGCGCCCACCAUCGCCGCAUACGCCGACCUGUACUCGCCCGCGCGGUGGGCGAUGCUAGCCGAGCUCUUCACAACAACACACAACACGCUCCUGCAGCUGCCCUCGAAGCCGCUCCUGCACGUCGCGCUCUCGGCGGGUCUCUCGGCGCUCAAGACGCCGGCGUGUCACUCGACUCGCCCCGACUCGUUGGCGGCGCCGCCCUCGCACGCGACCAGCCUGACACUAUCCACCAACGUGUGUCCCAUCUGCAGCACCGAGCUCAACGAGCUGGCCCGCGGCGUGCCCUACGCCAACCACAGCACGAGCCACGUCGAGCCCGACCUGCUGAUGCUGCCCAGCAGCCGUGCCUACGGCCGCGCCCGUCUCGACGAGUACGCCCGCAAGGCGGGGCUGCUCGACGGCCAGGUGAAAGACCUGCGCUCCGGCGAGAUAUACGGCAGGGACACGUUGAAGAAGGUGUACAUCACAUGA